GAACUCCAUUCAACAGCCAAGAACAGACGCAGGUACCUUACAGUGGCAUUCCUGGGUCCGGAAAGUCGUUCCCCAAUGUUCACAAACCAGACAAACAGUACUGAUCCGGCAAACGCUGUGGGUGAGAUGGAUGUGGAAAUACUCAGUGAGGCAUCUGAUAGACCUAAAUGGAAUUCCCGGCUUGAAUACAUAUUAUCCUUACUUGGGUAUUGUGUUGGAUUAGGGAACUUGUGGAGAUUCCCCUACAUUUGUAAUAGAAAUGGAGGAGGUGCCUUCCUCCUGCCCUACGCACUUUGUGUCAUGAUCAUUGGGUUUCCUCUCUUCUUUCUGGAGGUUUCCCUUUCACAGUUUUCCGGAAGAGGAAAUCCCCGUGUGUGGAGUUACUGCCCCAUGUUCAAAGGCAUCGGAGUCGGAUCCAUUCUGCUGUAUCCAGUCUUCGUGCCCUAUUACAGCAUUCUUCUGGCCUUGUCCUUCUACUACAUGGUGCAGUCCUGCUCCAGCGUCCUGCCAUGGACGACUUGCAGCAACAGUUGGAACAGCGGAAUGUGUAUUGAAGAUGUCACAGACAUCGCUUCCAGUAACCUGACACUUGCAGUUGAUGUAACUAACACAAGCUCCGUAGCGGAAACGUGGCAAAACGUGACACUCUCACACUCAGCUGCUGAGGAGUUCUUGCAGUACAACGUGUUGAAUAUUUCCAGUGGUUUGGAGGAGGUGGGUUCCGUCCAGUGGCAUUUAGUUGGUUGUCUUUUUGCCUCCUAUGCCAUGAUGUUCCUGUGUAUGAUAGGUGGAAUCAAGUCUGUGGGUAAGGUAACUAUCAAUCAUGGUACAUGCAUUUGUCUAUUGUAGGAUUUAGGACGAUCUUGUGGCUGGGGUGCUUACUCACCUCAGACAGUCUUCAGAAACGACUUACAUCAUACACACAACUCUUGCUCAGAAUUCUAAUUUGAUCAAGGACAUAACGUUCAAAGCCUCAGUAAAGCUUUCAAAAGGUUUUAUGGUAGACUUUCGGAGAACAUUUUCAAAUUUUGCAUAUCAGUAUGAUGUCUGCUGAAACAAUUUAUUUGGACUUACAACAUUCCGGUACUUAGUCAAGUAAACAAUUAACUAGCUUUUCAUAUUGUCAUGACGGAUGCCACCAACUAGACACGAUACAGCGCCUUGUAGUGCAUGCAACGCGAUAAUCCAAUCUCAUCCUUACAGCUAUAACAUGAAUGGUUAAUCUUUGCCCCAAAGGCUGUAUAUGUGACAGCUCUGCUGCCUUACAUCCUUCUGGCAACCAUCUUCAUAAGGAUGUUGAUGCUUCCCGGCGCUGGAGCUGGUUUAAUGCAUAUCGUCACUCCCGACUUCAGUGAACUUCUACAUGCACAGGUGUGGAUUGAAGCAUUGCUCCAGGUGAUGUACGAACUGGCGCUAGGUUGGGGGUCUAUUGGUGCUGCUUCAAGCUACAACAGGUUUCACGAGCCAUGCUUAGCAGACGCCAUUAUAGUAUGUGCGAUAUCAGAAGGAACAAGCAUCUUUGCUGGAUUUGUGACUUUUGCCACCCUUGGCGUCAUGUCAGAGAAAACAGGAGUUCCUAUCUCAAGAGUAGUUUCCAGUGGAACAGGAUUAGGCUUUGUGUUGUAUCCAGAAUCUCUUGUGCACCUUCCGUUUCCCCAAGUGUGGUCAUUUAUAUUCUUCUUGAUGCUGCUUACAAUUGGCCUUGAUUCUCAGUUUUUGAAUGUGGAGGCUAUUGUAACCGCUCUAGUUGAUCGGUUUCCUGGCACUUUGUCCAGGAGGCGACGGAUUGUUACAGCUGCUGUGUGUGUCGUAUCCUUUCUGAUUGGAAUCGUAUAUUGCACACAGGGUGGACAAUACAUACUGCAGCUGGUGGACUGGUACAUAGGCGCGUUCUAUUUCUAUGUGUUCUGUACCGUGGAGUGUGUGUCCAUUGUGUGGGUCUACGGAGUGAAUCAAAUCAGCAAAGAUGUUGAGAUGAUGAUUGGGAGACAUCUACCUGUUUAUAUAAAGAUCAUGUGGGCUAUUGUCAUCCCAGUGCUACUUUCAAUUGUUUUCAUACUGACCCUGCUAUGGUACCAGCCCCCGACCUAUGGCAAGUACUCUUUCCCAGGCUAUGCUGGCACAAUUGGAUGGUUCAUCGCGGCAGUUGCACUUAUUCCAGUACCGUUCUACAUGAUAACAGCAGUGAGGAAGCACCUGUCUGCUCACACACUCACAGAGAGUGUUAAACUGGCUCUGAGACCUGAAGAUGCGUGGUGUCCAUCCGAUCCACUCUACAAGGAGGGUUACAGACGAAACUUGAAGGAACCAACGUGUUCACUAAGGGAUAACAUAAACUUUAUAUUUCGGAAAUGAAGUUUAGGGAAUCAUAUGAGAUAAAACUGAGCUUCAGAUAAAUUAUCUAUAUAUGAACUUUCACGCUUAAAACAUUACCACAUGUGGAAAUCGUACAUUGUACCUUCAACAGACUUUAGUGAGCACAUAGACUGAUGUACAAAAGAAAGUAUACACCUGAUGCCUUGGGAUUAACAAAACUCAUAAAUAUAGGUGUGUUAUUUCUUACCUGUGCUGCGUGAUGUCCAUCUUUUGAGAGCAUAAGGAAUAAU